AACAUGAAGAAAAGCUCCACUGCUACGACAACAAUGUCACUACCAACCAGUCCGACCAUUUCGGCGCACACCAUUACCGGCAGUAAGAUAAGUUUAAGUAGCACAAAAACGGCAACUUCGGGUCGUUCCAGUCGCACAGGCCUACAAUCCCCACAAAAGAAGAAGAGCGAUCUUGAGUUGGAGUCUAUACUAGAGAAGGCUAAAUUUUAUACAUCGUUGUGCCUUGGAACCACUGCUAUUUUAUCAGUUUUUGCCUUCCUCUUCUUAAUACCCUUCGUUGUAGAUCCGGCAAUUUCGACAAUAAUCGCUGAUUAUGAUCCUGUGCCAGUCACGUGUAUUGUCAUUGAUCAUGUCUAUGCGGAAGGCAUAAAAAAUUGUUCGUGGAGUUCAUGCCGUGAGGGCUGCACAUCAUCACUCACCAAGUGCCAUCAGUUGUAUGUUAACUACACACGUAUCUCCUUCAGUGAAUGGGAGAAGAAUCCGCGCGAACUGGAUAAGGUGCAGUGGGAUAUCAGCUAUACGAAAUUUCUCAUCAACUCCGAAGGUUGCGGUUAUCCACCCACAACGAAUUGCAGUGUCUUUGCGCGCCAAUAUGGCUACUCGCACAUUGGAGAACCAUUUCCCUGUUACUAUAGUCGUGCCUACCCAGAAGUGGUGAUCGGUCGCUACUCGUGGGAGAACAAUUUAUAUCAUCUUGUUCUGUCGCUCAUCAUUCCAAAUGUGUUAUUCGCGAUUUCGAUAGGUGUGCUAAGCUAUUGGUAUUGCCCCUGUUGCGACAAGGCAUGUAAUAAAUCUUCACGGGUCUAUGCGGAGAAAUUUCCCUCGAAGGAAGAGAUUGUUAACUGCAUGAAUUGCAAACCGGAGAAAACGUUAUCCCUCAGUAAUUUUUAAGCGAACAUAAUGCAAGUGCCUGUUAAAACCGUUUGAAAUAAAUUUAACAAAAUUAUUAAACACGAAAUACAAAAAACGUAUCGAAAAGGUUAUAUACUGUUUUACAAGUGAGAUUAAAUCUAAAUAGAGUACCUACAAUUAAUCAUAAAAUAUUUUUCGCGCACCCCUUUUUAUCCUAUGGUAGUUAGUCAUUGUCUUAUAUGAAUGAGAAAACAUUAGUUAAAAUAUAGUGAUGUUUUUUGCACUUAAAGUCAAGCACACAGUUUCAUAGAUAUUUGAAAAGAAAAUAAAUCACAUUAAUCACAGUUCAAAUAAAAAGUUAAAAAUGGUUGUUACAUAGCCGCCAUCGAAACUACCUUGGUCAACUGUGCCUUUGGUCAGCUCACUAAACGCUGGCCGAAUAACAGGAAAUGUGGAUUGCUUAGGUUAAGCAAGUAAGCCGUAGCUCUCGAAAGUGAUGAUGGACUCAACCAAUUAAAUAUAAUUUCGUGCGCGUAAUGCACGCUAUAAAUGUUCACACCUGUCGUAACAACAAGCAGAAAAAUUUAAACAUUUCAAUUUUCUUCAUACAUGCAUGCGGACCACAAUACGACGGUAUGCCACUCUUGGCAUGUAUGGAUGCAUAUAGUAUACUCUGCUUAUUCCUCUUAGCGCAUUUUUCUUACCUGUAUCAACACUCCUGAAGAACUCUUUCAAAGAUAUCACUCGGCUACUACUGGUUUGACGUUCCCAGAAAGAUUUUCUCCAAAAAAUAAUGGACAGAUGAAGAGAAUUUCGAAGCCUUCUACUUGCUCGUAUUAAACACAAGUUCUGUAUUGUCUGGACUUGCAGUCCAUGCUCUACCAAUGACCUAAUUAUAUAGAUAGGCCUAUCUCAAAUUAUGGAGAGUACCUCCACAUAUCAAUUCCUCUGAGAAGACGUAUUACACCAUACUUGCUUGACUCUCUCUCAAGUUUUUUAAGUAUAUCGUUGAAAUUAACGGUCCGUGUGUUCGUGAGAGCACUAUUCUUUAUCUAGUGCUCCUCAUUUUUUUUUGGGCAGGGAUCUUACCCCAUUUUGCUACAUUAGUUCCUCUGCAUACAUAGAUGCUAUAGACGGUUUCAACUCUUGCCUAAGGGUUUAAUGAUAUCCAUGUGGUCGAUCUAGUUGAAAGCUCCCUCGAUAGCAAUAUAUACAUAUGUAUAUAAUUUGUUUCAAAUUUUCUUAAAACAUAUUUACUUUUUCACAUGCAAUUAUAUACAAAUAAAAGCUACUUUGAAAACAUUCCUUGCAACUUUAGCUUAGUAUUUUUCUUAAUUUUGUAGCUAGUGAAAUGUUCUUUAUUUUAGCACAUUUAUGAGUUACUUAAAUGAAUGCAUUAAGUAGUUGAACUUUUUCUUUUAAACUGAUUUCAAUAAAUAGCCAUAAUGAUUUGUAAUAAUGGCAUGCAAUCUGUAGUCUUUUGCAAUUGAAAUUCACGACAUUCAAAAUGUUAAAAAUUCACACACACCACUAAAAAAUAGCAAUAAAAACUAAAAACACAUGCUAUUUCAAUUAUUAAAUUUCUGUUGUAGAAAACUUCUGUGUCAAAGUGACGACGAAGAUGACAUGGAAUACUAGUGAACUAGAGACUAGUGAAAAGCUAGACCUACUCGUAGCAUUACAAAAGCUGCUUUCACAACAAUACAAUGAAUACACUUUAGGAAAUCGAUAGCCACAUUUUGUAUUCGUAUUCGUAUUCGUAUUCGUAUAUUAAUAGUUUAAUACUACAAAUUUACGCUCAGAUAUUUAGUGCAUACUUAGGUGUACAUGCAUAUGUGAGAAUAUGUAUGUACAUAUAUACGUAGUAUCAUAUAGCUAUUCAUAUUCAUAAAUGUAUGUACCAUAAGCAAUGUAUGUACGUUUGUAAUCGAACACAUGUUCGUUUUCGCAUUCGUAUUCAUAUUCGUAUUUGUAUAAGUACUCAACUCAGAAUUCGCCAUUCGAACUGUUUUCUAACAUAACGCUAAACACAUAAGCAAUAGUACAUAUACAUAUAUACUACUAAACCAAUAGUAUAGCAGCUAGCAGGUUAUUACAGACUCCAAUGCAGUAUUUGCCAUUUAUUUAUUAAAGCUUUUAGUAAUAUUUUAAUUGGAAUUGCCCUUGAAGUAAAUCGUUACAUGCAAUGCUACAGCACCACAUAAAAAUUAAUAAAAAUAGUGUAAGCGUUUUUGAAUUUAUAUUACAAAAAUGAAAUCCUUCUAAAUAUGUACUAUAUGUAUAACGGUUAAGUAUGUACAUAGGGUAGCAAAGUAUACGUCGACAGCUUUAUUUUGAAAAUUAGCAAAUGGAAAUAUGUUCGUACAUUCUUCAGCAGUAAACAAAAUUCCUUUUCAAUGUCAAACUAAAUUAAGUAUAAAGUUCUUCUAGGAACUUUACUGAACAAGCGAAUACCAGUAAAAGUGCAUGCAAAAGUGAAAGCUGCAAAUACAUACAAAGAUUUUUUUAAGAUUUUGCUCUGCAUGUGAAUUCACGUAAAAGCUCUCAUAAAAAUGAAAGCUGAAAAUGCAAAACUCUUCAAAAAGCUUUUGCAAUCAGCAAAAGUGUAAAUUCCGUUAAAUAUGAAAAUUUCUCUACUAUAUGCUUUUUCUCAACAAGCGAAAUGCAAGUGAGUUGAAGAGAAAAGUAUAGUAACAGCAAAAGCUGCUGAUUCAAAACUCUUUAAAAAUGUUGACUCUGCAAUCAAAUGCUAGUCAAAGCUCUGCUAAAAACGGAAGCUAAAAAUGAAUAAGUAUUUAGAAGAAAAUGCUGUUGCAAGCUUUCAUGAAAGUGGCAGCUACUAACGCAAAGUAAAGGCUUCACUCAGAUAUCGGAAGCAAAUGGAAUUUCCGGUUUCAAUUAAAGCUGCAUUUGCAAAGCUACACAAUUCGCUACAAGCACUUUUGACUAAAAAAUUUUGCUUAAGCUGGUUAUUAAGCUUAUAAGUAAGUAAAUAUUUUGUUGUAGACAAGUUUUUUUAAGAGACCAACUUUUCUUUGCUGUAUAAAACUUUAAAUUAUAUGCUGAAGUUUAAUGAAAAGUAGAAAAUGGUUUGUAAACAUACAUACAUAUAUUGGAAAAAAAAUUGUGAUAAUAGUCAUAACUAUUAGAUUUUAUGUUCGCGGCAAAAAAAUAUUGUUUUAAAAGUUAAUGUUGAAAAUUUUGUAAUGUGAGGAAAUGCCACACUCAAUUGUAUGGAAUGUAAGAUGAAUUGUAAAGUAAAGCAUAUUCAAAUGUAAAUCAAGUACUUAAGUUAGUCUAGUCAAAUGCCAUUACAUGUUAAGGUGAAAUGAAAAUAAAACUACGUACAAACUGUGUUAAAAAAUAAUGUUGAAAUACUUAUCUUAAAUACAAAGAAGAUUCAGUAGAAUUGGGAAUAAAAAAUUCAGCAAAUGUAAAUGCAUAGACUCAACAAUUAUUUUAAUUUAAUUCUCGAUUGAAAUCUCAUAAAUUUACUUUUAAAAUAUGUUUGGAAAAUUCAAAGAGAUACAUACAGUUUUACCUAAAUGUUAUUUUUAAUUUAUUUACCUUUAAAGCUGCAUCAGCUUGUUGCAAAUAGUUAAGAUGGCUUAAAGCUUAAAGAAUUACAUAUAAUAUUAAUGAUUCGCUCGCUAAACAUACAGCUGAUUGAGAAAGGAAUAAGUAGAUACUUCAAAUUAUAAUAAAUGUAACACUUAAAAGCAAAAGCUCAAACAUUCACCAAUUUUAUGUCUAACGGUUUAGGUUUCCUCUUUCUUUAUUUGAUCAAAAAAAUAUUGGAUGUGUAUGAAGAAAUACUUAGAGAAUAUACAUAACUCGUAAAGCUAAAUGCUAAAUGCUUGUAAUCUCCUCUGACUCCCUAUGGUUUUUUGUGUCAUUAUUCCGUACCUGAUACCUAUAGUACUUCAGCCGACACAAGUGGCAAUAUGCUUGGGAGUAUAGCGAAAAAUACUGCAUAGAGGAGAGCGAACCCCUUUGGAUGUGGGUGGCGGGAAAGCAAUGCUGGCGAAAAAGAAACAAUUUUCAUUUAAACUAAAGGUUUUAGAUAGAUCAUGUUUUUAGUCGCUGACUAUUCCGAAUACUGUAGUGGUGCACUUUCAACAUGGCUGCGAAAUUACGAAGCGGCAAUGUUAGGUGUACAGCAAAGUGCUAAAAUUAUUAUGAUCUAUACAAGCUAAGCCAUAAAAAUUGUUCUUGUAGAAAACCUAGGAUCAGCUCACUCAAAUACUCUCCGAGAAGUGAUUAAGUAAUAAAGAAAGAGGGGGAUGUAAAUGAAUUCGAGGCAACUACUCCAUACCGACGAAUAUAGAGUCAAAUUCAUUAGCGGUUGGAGAUUAAAGAAAACAGCAAAAUGUUUCUCAUCUUAUCUUUGAAUUACUCUUAUUCACAUACACAUGUAUGCAAAUGAUCACGAAGUACUGGUCGAUGGAAAACUAAGCAGUUGGGUUAUGUUAGGUAGGCUGCUCUAAGAAAUAAUUCACUUCGGAGCCACAGUACCGAAUUCAGUCCAGGUCCUCAAGGAAGAGAUUAGACAUAUGUAUUUCCAAGAAGUGGUGUAUGAUCUCAACCUUUUCCAGUUCUACAGAUACACGUAUAGAGUUUUCAGAUGAACUCUCAUCCCCAUCACAUCAGACCUUCAAACCAAGUUGAUGGAAUGAAUCUCUAACCUCUAGAAUGUUUUCAUAUUAAACUUAAAGUUCUUUGAGAUUAUGAGCUUUGAUUUUACCGUAUCAAACGAUGUGAGAUUUGAAAUUUCCUCACGAUUCAUAUAUUUCUUUUUUAAGUCGCCACCCACAAAACUAAGGAGAUAAAAUGAAAUAUAUUUUUUAUCCCAAUAUCACAUCGACAAUUCACGACCGUCUUCAUAAUGAAGGCUAAGAAAUGUUUCUAACAGUCGGGUUUAGCCUAUCGGAUUACGUCUUCUCUAUUAAAGGAGUAGCCAAAAAGUGUUGCUUGCCUAAGUCCCGCUAUGGGCGUACACACUCGUUUAAUAGAAUAGCUGAUAAAGCAAAAAAAUUACAGACUAGCAGAUAUGAAAAUCUUCGCAUUUAGAACUGUUAUGAAUAGAAACUUCGAAGUUAGAAUGUAAUAGAAAAUACUUUCCAAGUAGUACUUUUUCCAGCAACUUCUUGCUAAUAAGAAGCAUGGCAAUUAAAAAUAAUUAAUUUUAUUUAUAAUUUUGAAAAAAAAAAAAUCCUUAAGAAUUUCGUAGAACACGGUUAGAACAUGGAAACUAAAUAUGUAAAACUGUAAAUAACGUUCAACAUUUCUGUUCCAAAAAUGAAUUGUUUAAGCAUUUGCUGAAUUCAAACUCUCAAACUCUUUAAGAUUAACCGUAAUUUUUUGUAUUUUUAAUAAGCACUAAUUCUGCAGGCUUAAAAAUAUGUCGGCGUUACAAAAUUCUUGGCUACCAAAGCCGAAAGAAAUAUAUUUUUAUCCAAAAGUUUGUGCAAAAUCUACCUGCAUACCAACACAAAUACAAAUUGUAACAAAUCAAUACAGGAUUCUAUUUACAAAACCAAAAUAUUUUUCUUCAGCGCAAAAUUGUAAAUCUUCGAAUACAAAUAAAAAUAGUGACAAUUGCUAAAUAAAAUUCAAAU